CAAAGCAACGGAAACGAGGCUGGGUCAUUUUGGCUACAGCGUGGCUUGUCUCCGGGCUUGUUGUGAGCCCCAGAUCUUUCUGUUCGCAAAAGCCUAGUCAGAUACACGGUUUGGGACCUUUGCAUGCAGCACCAAACAAGGAAUCAAGCCAGUCGAGGAAUCGGCAGAUGAGGUUGACGCGUUGACUUUGCCACAACGUCAGCUGCAACUUGCUGUGGACCAGCAAGCAACUGCGCAAGCGCAAGUAAACAGUGCGCAAGCGCAGGUAGACAUGGCUGUGGAGGACUUGCGAACAGCCAAAGCAACAGGAGAUGAGCAGAAGGUGAAAGAGGCGGAGGUGAAAGUGAAAGAGGCGAAGCAGGAGGUGAAAGACGCGGAGGGGAAGGUGGAAACGGCGGAGGCGAAGGUGAAAGAGGCGAAGGAGGAGAUGAAAGCCCAGCAGGAGAAGUCCAUUCGCUGCAGGGUCACAGUUCUCCCGAAAGAUGCAAAAAUAGAUGAAAGCUACUUCACAUAUCUUCACAUUCUAUCAUUCAAACAGUUCUUCAGUGAAUACCCUCAGUAUGCCUCCAAAAGAUGAAUGAAUCCCACAAGGUAAACAAAAGGAUGGCACGCGGGAUUGAAAGAACCAGAGUGAAUAUCACUUAACAGACUGACAGACUUAAGACGACAUCUUAACACUGGAGAUGUUCUCUUGCUCCAGGUGCCAGGCUUCCAGUCUCUCACUGAGCUUCUUGGAGGGCUGCUUUUUCCCGAUGCCGUGCCGCUGAAGGACAGAAAGGCCACGUACACUUCAGCUUCUUCAUACAUUGUCAACUUGGACAGUGGUCCGUUCAACGGGAGACUGGCCCUGCAAAACAAUAGGUCGCAGGCACGGCUUUUAGAUCGUGAACUGGAGGUUGACCUUAUUGUGCAGGAGUUGCUGAAACGAUCAAAUGAUUUGAAAGGCCAAACUGCUUCGGACAAAUCUUUCUCCCCAGCCUUCCUAGUGGCACAGGCACCUGGAGCAGGCAAGAGCCAUUUUUUGGCUCUCCUCGGAGAGCAGAUUCCGAUUCUGUACGACCUGGAUGGCAAAAAGGAGACACCGAUCGUCUCGGCAUUCACCUACAACUCAAAAAUGACCGUAGACAUAGACAAUCUCAAGGCUGACUUGGCCUUGCGGGUACUUUAUGGUGCCACAAGGCACAUGAGCAGGACAACGUGCGAGUGGCGUGACUUCUUAAAAACAUGGAAGUCUCGCGAGAUUGACUCGAUUGACGUCGAUUUAGCUGUGGAAAUCCUGCGAGCAUGGUACGGUGACCGUCCUGUUGUGAUCCUGGCUGAUGAGCUGGGAAAGUCGAAGGACGAGGCUCUGGUGCGCCAGGAGCUUUGCAGAACUAUGGACACUUGGGGAGGCCAAGUCUUUGUGGUGAUGUCCAGUCUCACCAACUACAAAGCAGUUGUGGAGAUGUUCGAGCGCAGCCAGCGACGGCUCUACAUUUUCACUUUGGGAGUGCUGGGUACUCAGGCCAAUGACCUUCUAUUCCAGACGCUCCGUCAACUGCCUCAGAAUAGACGUAUCAGGAAGGGGAUCCUGGAGUACCGAAUUUCGCUGGCGUGGGGAGCUACUGGCGGCUAUGCGCGGGCCAUUGAGCUGUUGUCUGAAUAUAUCAGAAAGCAGCCCGGAGGUCUUGAAGCUGGAGUCGUCGGCCAGGCCACAACGCACCUCUCUUCUUGCAAUGUCUUACCGUCAAGGUUUUCCACGAAGGAGCUGGAGACGGUACUCGAGAUGUGGGAGCAAGAAGAUUGCCCCUUUCAGACUUUGAAUGACAUUACAGAGAAGAUGCCUGCAGCCACUUAUAAAGGAAGUGUGCUAGUAGACUCGCUAACGAAGAAGGGAAUGCAAGUCAGAUACCUGCCAACUGUUGCUCCGUGGCAUGCAGCCAGGUUGUUCACUUCGAAGCCGCCAAGUUUUGGCCGAAAGAAGAGAUGUGCCAAACUCAUGGGUUUGGCUGGCAGCGCUUACCUUCAAAAGGUCCAGGCCAUUGAGAGUCCUGAGAGCAAUGAAGCCGCCAUGCGACAAACCAGCUCGUACUUCACUGAGGUUGUGGCGGCUUUUGCUGUCAUGUUUGCCAUUGUGAAAAAGUACAAGAAGCUGCCGCAAGUUCUGAGAGAGAGUGAGAGCGCAUGCGAUAGCAUUUGCAGCAUCGGCUUCAAUGUUUCGCUCUCGCAGAAGAAGGAACUUGCCACGCAAAGCCCGGCAGAUGCAGAUGAGAAAUUAGUGUCAUUUUUGAAAAAAGCCAUGGAUUUGAGCAAACAGCUUGGCAAGCAGGAAUCGUUAUUAGUCAUCAUGGCUCCGCCCAACUGCAAGGCCGUUGACUUUCUCAUCUUCUGCCAAAAGAAUAACCGUUUUGUGGCUGCUCAGGUGAAAUCAAAUAAAGUGACCGAGGCCACAGCCCAGAAUGCACAAAAGACAGCGUUGCUGAAAGCAGCGAAGGACAUCAGAUCUGCCAGCAACUCCCAGCCUGUGGCCUUCCUUGCUAUAGUCGGCUCCAACUACACAGAAACGGAGGACUUGAAGGCUGACACGGACUUUUUUUGUUUGCAGCAAGAGGAUCUCGUUGCCCUCAUCCCACCCUUCCUGCGACAACUCUCGGGUUUGGCUGCAGGGGUGCAAGGCGUGGAAGGUGAGGAUGCGUGAGUAGAAAAAGAUGGAAACAAAUCCAAAGCAGAUCUAAAA